UAUGUUGAGUCUCACCCAUAAUAUUUGUAGCUUACAUGGGUCGUUUGUAUAAACAAAACGGAUCAGUGUAGCGUUUUUGGGGAACUGUAAGCUAUGUCGCCUCGCGUGCGCGUUCCUAACACACCGCAACGCUUUUGUCGUCGUUACCAGCGCGUGUAAACCCUGCCCGUUUAGCGUAACAGCGCCGUGCGGAGCGCUAAAUAAAGACAUUUAGUGUCUGAUCAAGACGGAACUGACUGUUUGUGCUGCGAAAAUAUGGCAGAGUUGCACGUUGAGCCUAACGCGACUGGCAUCAUCGAGCAGACCGAGCAUUGUGAAAUCAGAGGCUCAGUGAACGUGAGACUCCCGUCGCCUACCCUGGUGAUUCCGCCCCGGAGUGGCUUGUCCAGUCCAGGGGUCUCCGGCUCCAGAGCGGUGUUUGGGUUCCCUAUGAAGAGCAACCCCACUUCCCCAUCAACAGAAGCCACAGAGAAGCCAGGGUCUCGGUGGGUUCGGCUGAAUGUCGGGGGAACCUACUUUGUCACAACCAAACAGACCCUUUGCAGGGAUCCUAAAUCCUUUCUGUAUCGAUUAUGUCAGGAAGAUCCAGAUUUGGAUUCGGAUAAGGAUGAGACAGGAGCAUAUUUGAUUGACAGGGAUCCUACAUAUUUCGGACCCAUUCUGAACUACUUGAGGCAUGGGAAGUUGAUCAUCAACAAGAACCUUGCUGAGGAGGGUGUUCUAGAGGAAGCAGAGUUUUACAACAUUGCGUCACUUGUGAGGCUGGUGAAGGAAAGAAUACGAGACAAUGAAAACAGAACGUCUCAGGGUCCUGUGAAGCAUGUGUAUCGUGUAUUACAAUGUCAAGAAGAGGAGCUCACUCAGAUGGUUUCCACCAUGUCGGACGGAUGGAAGUUUGAACAGCUUAUAAGUAUCGGCUCCUCCUAUAACUAUGGCAACGAGGACCAAGCCGAAUUCCUGUGCGUCGUUUCCCGGGAGCUCAACAACUCUACUAACGGAAUUGUUAUCGAGCCCACCGAGAAGGCUAAGAUCCUUCAGGAGAGGGGUUCCAGGAUGUGAGGAACCUGGUGCCUGAGCCCACACAGAUCUCCCAUCCCUCACUUCCCUUCUCCAGCUCCUCCUCCACCAUACAGCUGACUCCAACUUCAUCAGCCCACCCCCUCACCUCACCCUCCCCUCCUCCCUUGUGCCUUUCCACUGUGGGGGUUUCAAUCCCCCUCCUCCCUGCAGUGCUGCAGCAUUAACCGAUCAGCACCACCACUAACUAUCACGGCUAUUAUUGACCAGUCAAAAACGCGUCCGAGGUCAAACCUCAGACCGUCACAUUUGAUGCAAGACUGCUCAGAGAGAGGAUUACAGGGAAGGAUACAUCAUUCAUCCUAAUGCUUAUUUAUGCAGACUUCAUCAUCAUCAUCCUCCUCCUCAUAUCCCGGUCAUUAUUAUCAUAAUCUUUACAGCUGCUGGCUUGAAAUGUUUUAAGGGGGUUUAGCUGCUGCAUCCACAUGACCAUAAUCUCCUCAGGACUUCCAAACGGCGUGCAAGAUCGACUAGCAACCACAUUAACUCACUGUAAAUCAUUAGCAGCCAAAUUUGCAUCAUUUCAGCAGUCAUUUCCCAAACCGAGAGCACAGCAGAUGGGAUGGCGCAACGGAUAAAACGAAGACAGCGUUUUCUGUCUUCAAAGCGGCAUGUUUUUUUCAUUUCUUUUUUUUUUUUGGUAUCUACCAAUUUACCCGUCUGGAAAGGACCAGAGGAGAAGGGAGAACUCAUACUGCCAAUUGUCCGAUCUGAUGCCCCAAAUCGCACACCCAUCGCUGUGACGAUGUCUCACAUUUCCAAAUUCGCUCCAGUUGACGUUUGUCAUCCUGGAUUUUAGUUUUUUGCCUUGUCGCUGUGGAUAUUUCAAAACAGGAAAUUAAAAAAGAAAUAUGUGGUUUUAGGGCAUGUGAGGAUGAUGUAUAUUCAAAACAUAUGUAUUAUGAAGAGGCCGAAUGCAAGUCAUGUAAUUGUUGAUAUCUGUACCAUAGUGGUCGUUUUUUGUGUUUAUCAAAAUGAGUCUCUCUAUUUGAUCGGGGAAGGUUUUGAAUCAACCCCUAAUGUUCUUUUUUUUUAAAAAAGCCUGGUCGCCGAGAUGUGAAACUGUUUGUGUUUUUUCUUUGUCGAUGACUGGAAAAAAAACAGGAGACUUCUUGUAUAGAGGCCUACAUUGUCCAGGUGGUUCAGGAGACUGUUGUUGGACAAAGUGCCCACAAGUUUUGAGUCAGGGCAAAACUGCAUAAGUGGCUCUUUGUUGCUUUUUUGACACUUUUCUGACAUUUUAAAAUUCUUCCCGUAACAUUUCGGCUGUAUAACGCAUUUUUGUUUAAAGUCUGAUCACGUCAGUGGAAUGUUUUUGAAUGUAAAGGGCUCCAUUUAUUAUGGAACGUUCUUGCCGUUUCUUUUUUAAUUUCAAAAACUAAUAUCAUUUCAGGUUAAUCAUUUUACGUUUGCUUCAUUUUAAAGGGUUAGUUCAAUAUGAAAAUAAUGAAAAUUCUAUCAUUAAUUACUCGCCCUCUUGUUGUUCCAAACCUGUAAGACCUCCGCUCAUCUUCAGAACACAAAUUAAGAUAUUUUUGUUGAAAUCCAGGAGCUCCUACCACGGCUGUUUUCCCAUGGAUUUGGGUUUUUUUAACUGCUGCGGGUUGUUUCAUUAACUUACAGUGUAAGUUAUGGGCUAGUUUUGAGUCGGCGGAUUUUGCUGUGGAAACCUGGCAGCCCUGUACCACGGUCAACCUUGUGUUGCGUGUUUUCAUGUGUGGUUUCAUUAGUGACGGAGAAAUAAGCGGUGUGUCAUUUUAAAGUUUUAUAUGUACAGUCUUCAUCUUCAGAACACAAAUUAAGAAAUUUUUUAUGAAAUCCAGGAGUUUUUGUGCCCCUCCAUAGACAACAAGGGUCCUACCACGGCAAUGUUGCCAAGUCUGCGUUUUUCCCACGGAAUUGGGCUUUUUUUUUUUUUUUUAACACUGUUGCUGUGGGUUGUUUUUCAUGUCUGCAGGUUGAAGCAACCCCGAUAAUAUAAUGUUUAUCCCCUGCAAUGGUAAUUUUACCAGGGGAACCCUGGCAAAAAGCGUGUUUUUUUUACGCGUUUUACCGUGGUACCUCCUUUGAAAUGCGAUUGGGCUACUUUUGAAUAGCAAUUGUGUGGUUUCACUAACUUACAGUGACUGAGAAAUGAGUGGUGUGUCAUCUUAAAGUUUUAUAUAUUAAAUCUCCACCGGAGCCGCUCCCAUCAGUUUUGUGUUCUGUGCGUGACUGAAAUGCUCCGCUUUCCACCCAAAUAUAAAAGCUACUGUCGGUCAAUGAAUUCGUGGGUCGAAUGGACUCUUGUCGUGCCAGAAAGUGAUUAGACUUUCAGUUUUAUGGUUGUCUUUGAUAUUACUUUGGCCACUGUUGCGAUGGUUACUGGUAAGGAACACUAGCUUGACUCCCAUUGCACGUUCAUACAUGCAUUCGUAUUCGAAACACUACCAGUGUUGCCAAAUUGGCUACUUUAACAAUGUUGCCGUGGGUUGCUUUUGAUGUCCGCGGGUUGAAUCGACCCCAAUAAAGGUCAUAUUUAGCCCUUGAAAUGCAAAUUUACUAUGGGAACCCCAACAAAAAUGUAUUUUUAAUGGGGGGGAACCCCCUCAAAACGCAAUUAGGCUAGUUUUGAGUAGCAAUUGUGCUGGUUUUGUUGCAAAAACCUGGCAACCCUGGACGCUACUGUAAAACGCUGUGUGAACGGGACAUUUUGAGACAUUUUGAUCAUUGUGGCCGAACAACGUUAUUCAACAGUUUUCCUCCGCGUCAUGGUUUUAUUAUAGUAAAAGUGUAGUAACCAUGUUUUUUGGCGUAUUGAUUACCGUUUGUAAAAUACAAUGGUUAAAUUAUGGUUAGAAUACAAAAACCAUGGUAAAUUUGUAGUUGCCAUGGUUAAAGUAUAGUAACCAUGGUUAAUUUUUGCAGGGGGUGUCCUGACCGUGGUAAGACUUGUUGUUUAUGGAGGGUCAGAAAGCUCUCGGAUUUCAUCAAAAAUAUCUUAAUUUGUGUUUUGAAGAUAAACAAAGGUCCUAUGGGUUUGAAACUACAUGAGGGAUAUUAAUUAAUAACAUGAUUUUCCCUUUAACAUUGAAGCUUUGUCUUUGAAACCAGUUGCCCUUGUUGUUUAACCCAAUCCUGCAGCAGAUAAACUUGAUCUCCUGUUUGAUCUCCUGUAUUUUUAAUAAUUACAUUGUGGUUUCUCUGAAUCUACUGUGACUUCAUCACAAACUGUCAGUAUUUGAAUGGUAUCCAGGCUGUAUUUUGGUUUCUUCAUAUCUAUUGAUGAAAUAUUGUUGAAUCUAGGGGUCUAAGGUGGCAUCAUGUGCGUGGACUUUAGGUGACGUUGUUAUGAUCUGCAGUGUUUUAAAGUAUUGUCUCUUUCGCUCUAAACACAUUUAAGGAUUUUUACCUCUUUAUCGCACUAAACUCAUGUCCUUUGGUUUAUCAUAUCAAGAAGGUAAAGUACUUGAGUUUGUGAGCUACUUUGUGGUUGUUGGCUUUGUGUUAAUGUUUUUCCCCCUCCUGGAGAGAGUUUAUUUGUUCAGCCCCAAUUAUUAGUCAUUGAAGCUUUCUCACAGGAACCUAUUGUUUGAAUAGGUUUCAGGUCUGGUUUCUAAGAAAAAUCCUGGGUUCAAAUCCGCCUCUCUCCGUCCCAGUUGUUUGUCUAGUGUUGUGCCUUUGACCUGUCGUGCCCUGCGUGUCUUCACUCCUAGAUUGCUCUUCUUUAAAUACAGAAAUGGUGUUUAUUUCAUGUUUGUUUUGACUAAAUCAGUUCUGUUCCUUGACUCAGAUACUGACUGUGCCCAUUUCCCUUCAGUUUGUUGUUGUUCUUGUUUCAGUGGUUCAUCUGUAUUUAGCCUUAUGCACUUUUUGUUUUGCACCUACCUACAUAAUAUGGAUUUUCUUUUAAGGCUUUGUUCUAUUUUUAGCGUCAAACCCCAUGUGAGGCAUAUGAAAAUGUCAUGAGCAGUCUCUAGUUUUAAAAUGGUUUAGGAGACUGAUAUCAGUGUCACAUUGACUGCUAAUGCUUUAAGCACUUGAGAUUGUGAGACUUCUGUUUGUCUCCUUUUCCUUAGUAUCUACCAUUUUUCUUUAGGUCUUGUAGCCCUUGUUGUUUAAGCUCAAACAAAAAGAUAUAUAGAUAAAGAUAUUUUCUUUGUGAAAAAAGAUAUGCUAUUCGAAAAAAAAAGGAGGUUGGCGUUUUGGAAUGCCAACUUGGAAGCAUGCAAUUUGUUGAGUUGAGUAUAUAAUGUUAUAUGCUGGGAUGUUGUCAUUGUGAAGGUGAAUUGGUGCAUGGACGGUUGACAGAUGGUAUUAAUAUUAACUGAAAGAAAAACCUGGCCCUGUUUUAACUGUUCUGUACAGAAAUUGAUAAAAUCAAACACAGUACUACUGGAAAAAAACUUGCUUGCUGAGGCUAAAUAUGCUUAUGCAACACCCCAUGUAUCUGAUAAAAAAUAUAGCUUUCAACCAAUGUUUUCGAGCUGGCCAAAAGUGCAGACCUCUGUCAUAACUUCCUCAGAUAAAAGUUAAAAACAAGGUCCAUGUUUAACAUAAGAGUUGUUUUUUGCCAUAAUAGUUAGUCAACACCUGCAUGCUUUAAUAUACAGUACACAUGCAUUUAACGUGCUAAAACCUGCUCUUUCAUCAGAUGUUUUGGGUGUAUUGCAUUGUCAACAGUAUUGAUGUAAAGUGUCAAAUAUGUCACUAGGUUAUGGAGAUUGUGGAGCUAAGUGUUCUGGAAAUGAAUAGUCUUGAUCAGACUGUCCUUUUCAUUUUUUUUAAUUUCAUUUUUAAAGUUUGUCUUCUGAUGCAGUUUCUUGCAAUGUACAGAUUGCAAAAUGAUAAUGUAUGAUUUUUAUCAUAAAAUGUGUUUGUGUUUCAGA